AAAAAAAAAAAAAAACAAGCACCCCUGCCACUGCUGUCACCUCCUGGCCUCGCCGUAACCCGGCUGCAGGCGCUGUGCAGGAUGCGGUCCCUGCCUCGCUGCGGCAGCCACCUCUUCCCGCUGCCAUCCAUCUGUCCCCGCUGUCACGGGAUCCCGGGGGAACAGGGACACCUCCUGGCCGGAUCCAAGCCUGGGGUGAGACGUGGGGAGGGCUGAACCCCACAUAGCAGCAGGGAGAUGCACAGGAGAGCAGGGGGGAAGGUGGCAUGAGGCCGCGGGGAUGGGCACCAGCAGCCCCCGUGGCCACCUCUGGGGACUUCUGCGGGAGGCUGGCUCGGAGCAGCCUCCUCCCAGACAAAUCCCUCCGGCGCAGGGCACGGGGUUCAUUGCCAUGCUGAACUCCUUCGCAGGGAGGGGAAGGAGAAGGGAACUGAAUAUUUAAUGCCUGCAAAGUGCCUUGAUGUCGGUGGCUGGAAGGCGCCGGGGAGGGGAAGGGAGCGGGAGUGGAGCAGCGCUCGGCACGCAGCAGCCACCAGGGGCAGGGGGGCACCCCCAUGUCCUCUGCCCCAUCUUUUUGGCCCCUCUGCUGGGUCACAGCUCCAGCGAGGGACCUGCUGCAUGUCCCCAUGGUGGGACAGGUCCUGGGGGACAGGGCUGUCCCCACACACCCCCUCCUUUUCCCCUCCGGAGCACGCCCGCCCCGCAGCCUCACACUGAGCACUUGCUCGCACGCCAGGGAGGAAACGGGGGGGACCCAGCCCACACGGGUGCCACCCGGGUGUGCCCCACGUGCGGAGUCACACCACGCACACCCCAAACCACACACGCUUGCACACUCACACGCAUGUCCUUGCCGUCACGCACACGCAGCCUGCUGUGUGCGCACAGCCCGGGAGCGCACGGUGUUACACACGAGCGUGCGGGGUGCCACGCGGCAGCGGUGUCACACGCAUGGUGUGUAAACGUGUCCACAGGUGCUGGCUGCCAUCUGUGCGUGCGUGUGCGUGACCACACGUGUGCACACCCCCAUCUCACACGUGUGUGCACACAAACUGCCCCACGAGUGCCCGCAGUGCCACACACGUGUGCACACACACCAUUUGUCCCCAUGCACGUGUCGGGACCCUCGGGGACCCCACAGGACCCUGCAGCGGGGCAGGACGAGCCCCGAGGGCUAGGGGGGGGACAGGAGGGAGCGCAGCAGCUUGGCCAUGAGGCUGAGGCCCGAGCAAACUCCUCACACGUGGGCACGGCAGGAGGGGACUUGGGGACGCCAAGGCCGGGGGCACGGGCGCAGGCCGGGGCUCUUUGUUCCCCCCCACGCCGGUCCUCCAUGAUGUGGAGAGCGAGCGAGGCCGGCGCUGCGAAAUGGCGGCCGGGGAGGCGGGGAUCGGGGGGGAGGAGGAGGAGGAGGACGGAGGUGGGGAAGGCCGGGCGCCAUGCGGCCUCCCCGUGCGCCGCCACGCCGCCACGCACACAAAAGGCUGCAGGGAAAACACGGAGGCCAGCGGGACGCCCGUGCGGAGCGGCCUCCCCGGCAAUGGGGACUAAGGACGGGGACGGAGAUGGCCACCUCGGGGUGCUUCGGGGUAGCCUGGGAUGGGCACAAGAGGGGUCACCCCACAGCCAGGGGCUCGUCCCAGGCCUGGCUGUGGCUGCUGGGGAAGGGGACGUUCCCUCGCCGCUCACACGUCUCCGUGGUGGCACGCACGCCGCGGUGGGAUGAACCCCCCCCGGAGAGCCCCCACGUGAGGAGUAGGGUGGCAAAUUUGGAGGAGGGAGGGUGGAUUGGGGUCGGGGCAUGCUGGUUUGGUGGGGCAGCAAGGCAGGGACGGAUGGUCGGACAGACGGACGGAUGGGUGGGUAGGGGGCUUGCUCUCUUGCCCCAAACGGCACGGGGAAAGUGCCCCCACAGCCCCACCUCUGGGCACAUCCCAAGGGCAGGAGGGGGAUGCCCUGGCCAGGUCCCCAUCCCAUACCCAGGAGCGGGGUCUGGCUGCCUCUGCUGCUUCUGCUCCCUGGCCCUGUUUUAGGUCCCCGUUUUAGGUCCAUCCACUUUUAUGGGAUGCGGGCUCGGGGCUCAUUGCAGCAGCGCGGCCAUGGAGCAGGCGCCGCCGUGACGCGGAGCCGUGCUCGUGCCCCUACAUGUCCCGGGACAAAGCCGUGCUGCAGCAGGCAGGAAAAACUCGCAAGUCGGGACACAAAAGCUGCUUUGUGCCCCGCUCUUUGUCUUAAAAGCGCGAUGACUCUUCCCAGGGUGGCCAAAAAACGCCGGGCUGCAGGUCCCGUGCCACUGGGGACGAGUGCACCCCACGGGUACCCCUGCAGCAUCACCCGCUCCGGAGUGGGGAGAGAAGGGGCACGUGGGAUGCUAUGGAUAUCCCUUAGGUUUUUGGGAUGGGGCCCAUCCUCGGGGAGAGGUUUGAGGAGGGGAGGGAGAGACGUGCUGAGCCCCAGCCGUGGGAAUCCCAGUCCCUGAGCAGGUCCAGCCUCCCCGGCAGGUCGGGCUGGUUUGGAGGCGCUGCGGGGCUGGGGUGGCUCCCCGGCGGCCCCGAUCCUCCUGCCCGGCCCCAUUGCAGCUCGCCGGGAGCAGCCAGAGUCCCGGUGAUGGGGGACGUGGGGACAAGGUCACUGGGAUAGGGCAGAAAUGCCCCCGUGGGGUAUCAGAGCCAGCAGCACCGGGAUGAAGAGCGGAGGGCAGCUGUGCUCCAGCUGUGGUGGGGGGCUGAGCUGGUCCCGGGAGGGGCUGGGACCAUCGUGUGGCACCCACUCUGCUGUCCCCUUGUGUUGGGGACCGUGGGGACGUGGGAAGGGAGUCGGUGGGGUCAUUGGGGCUGAAAUCCCCAGAAAUCCCCACUCCCCUCCCCUUAGGUCUUAGCCACCUCCUUCAUCUCUGCGUCCCCAUGUGAUGAGUUUGCUCAGGUCUCAGCCUGGUGGCAACGAACUGGGGGGGGGCAGCCUGAAGCCCCAAGCCCCCAGCCCACAUUGGGGACACCCCAACCCGUGUUCCCCCCCCAUGGGGGCACAGGAUCGGGUCCCCACAGGGCGACAUAAAGGCAGGGCACCCUCUGCUGGAGCCUGCCCCCGGCACACCCCAAACCCCACGGGGGGGCUCCCCACGCGCGUGCACCUCUGCCCACAAUCCUGGGUGCGCGUGCACGCACCGAGCACGAGCACACACACACACAGCCCCCCCCAAAAAAUAAAUAAAUAACUAAAUUGGGCUUGCCCACGCGUUGCACACCCGCGGCACCCACCCGCUCACCCACGCAGCGCGGGGCUGGCGUCCUGCGCGGGGCGGCCAGGGCUUUGGCCGCCAGCCCGGCUUCGCACAACCGGAGAUGGAAAAAAGCUAAAUUUAAAGGCAGCCAGGCCUGGGAGGGGGAAAGGAGGGGGCUGUGGAGCCGCUCCCUGGUCUCCAACACGGGUGGUGUGGGGGAAUCGGGCAUGGUGUGGCCAUGAAGGCGCCGCUUUUGGCAACGGGGAGCAGCACCGGAGCUGUGCGCGCACCCCAGCGGGGACAUCCCAACGCCGUGGGCUAACCCCGGACCCAGUGGACACCGGAGGGCUCGGUUGGAGCUGGCAGAAAUGAAAACAGCGAAAAGAGCCUGGGCCGCUGUCCAAAAGUGCUUAGCGUUAAUUAAUUCUUGCCCUCGACGCAAGCUGCCCUCGGCACCAGAACAUCCUAACAUAGGCACGGCCGCGGCCGCCCGCCCCCGGCGUGGCUGCAGCCCUUUGCCGGAUUUUUGGGAGGAGGCGGCGUGGCCGCUGCCCCGUCCCUUGAGCACAAACUGCUCUUUCCCACCCAGAAGGUUUCUGGUGGGUGCUGGGGGCUUGGGGACGGGAAUGGGAGAAGGAGGGUGGCUGUCCCUGCAGCCACCCAGCGCCCCCAAAUUAUCCCCAAAACCCCGUGGGGGCCAGCGAAACCCUUUUGCCCCAUAAAGUGGGACAGGUCCCCUCUCAUCCCAUGUCAAGGACAAGGACCCCAGCACCGUGCUGUCCCACUUUGGUGGGGGCAGAACCCCCCAGCCUGGCCGUCCCCACGCAGAGGGGACCCGGUAGCAGGGCGCACUGCGGCUCCCGCUGCCUCUCCCUUCUCCUGCCCGGUUAUUUUUAUCCCUGGCAGCGGGUUGGGGACGGGAGGCUGUGCUGGAGCCGCAGCCACCGGAGGGUUUGGGGCGAGGGCUUUGGGUUGUGCUGGGAGCCUGGCACCGCUCGGGGUCUGGUGCCCUGCGGUGGGGCAGCGAGGGGCGUCCCCGUGCCAUGGGGUUGGGGACAUCGAUGCCACCCAGCAGGGUUUGCCCCAUAAAUCCCCAAAGUCCUGGAACGGAGGGAAGCGAAGCCAACAUCCCACAUGGGGGGGCAAUCCCCCAAAAGCAGGAGCGGGGCUGGGCCUUGGGGUGCCAGCCACGGGUUUUUUUGGGGUGGUGGGGCAGGAGGAGAGAGGGGGAGCGGGGCGGCGGGGGGCGGCAGGGGCGAGGGGAGCAGGCAGCGCCGUGACUCAGCCGGGGGUGGCAGCGGGCGAGGUGUUUGUGUUUUAGUUUCUAACGUUACCGUUUCCACAGCACCGGGGAAGCAGCCCCGAGCCCCAGGGGGGCCGCGGGGGGCCCCCCGACAGCACCGAGGGCGGGUUGGGACAGCGGGGCCGGGAGAAGCGUCCCCGUCCCCGCCGCUAACGCCACACCGGCUAAAAAUACCGCGGGCUAUUGUCGCCAGCAACAAAGCGCCCGGCGUAUUUUUAGCCUUAUCUCCACCGCCAUCGGCUCUGGGGAAGCGCCGUGCCCGCUCCACCCGGGCGCUGCUCCCCUGUGCCUCAGUUUCCCUCCCUGACGCACUGUGCCCCGUGCCCCGUCCGGCUGCCGCCACCCCACGCGUGUCACCCUACGGGGCCGUGGCACCCGGGGCCGUGUGGUCCCGGUGUCACAGCUCCAGUCAAGCUGGGAAGCAGGGGGCAGAGACCGGGUGUGAUGAGCUGGCCCCGUGGCACUGAGUGACAGUCUGGGGGUGCUGGAGGUGGCGGGGGGGACCCGUGUGCCAUGCUGUCCCUUUUCCUAGCCGAUGAGCCAGCACCCACGCUUCCCCUGCAGGGUUUAAGGGGGCAGCCUGGCCCUCGACCCACCAACCCCCCAGCCCUCCUCCUCCUCUUCCUCCUGCAGACGAAGGCUCUCCAUGCUGCGGCAUCGCUCGCCGGGGGUGAAACGAGCUGGCGCGGUCUCAGCGCAGCAGCCGGGUGGCCAGGGAGGGCUGUGCCAGCCUGCGCGGGCUGUGCCAGGGGCCGGGGCUGUCCAGACGCCAGGAUAACGCUGGAUUUGUGCAGAUUUCCCUGGCGGAGCGCGAGGCAGGGAGGUUUCACUUACCUUUUCCCUGCCAGAGCAGCUCGGCGAUGCCGUGCGGCGGCGCGGCCAUCCGCUCCCCGCCGCGGAGAGGGCUGAAAGGAGCGGGGGGUCCGCAGCACCUCGGGGGCAAGGACGGGGCUGUGACUUUUUGCCAAGCGGGGGGCACAGCCAAGGCAACAAACCGGGCUGGUCAGGCUUGGAUUUCUCAGUAAAACCCUAAAAAAGGGCUUCAAACUCUCUGUAAUCCCUCCCCAAAAAGCCGCCUGCACCCCAUGGCUCGUGCAGGAAGCUCGGUGCCGGGGUACCUGCUGCUCCCCCCAUCCUCGGGGCAGUCCCAGCGUGUCCCUUACCGUGCUCCAGGACACCCUCAGUGGUUUUGGGGGGGCUCUGCUCCCCUUUCCCCUGCCCCAUACUCCCUGGUCAUUUACCCCUGCUCUUAGCUUGGGGUCCUGCUUGGGGUCCCACUGGACCCAGGGCAGAGCAACCUCUCCCCCUGCACAGGAUUGGGGUGGGGGGAGCUGUUGCAAUGGGUCCCCCUUUUUUUUGCAGGGACCCCCCCAUUCCCCAAGGUGGCACCGAUGGGGCAGCAAACCUCACAGAGCGGAGAUUUGGGGGGAGAAUUAUAGGGGAAGAGGGGGAGACCACAACAUCCCGGCUCGCAGCAAGGUUUUUUUGGGGGGGGGUUUUUUUGGGGUCAGCAUCCUUCUCCAUCCCCUGUCCCCUCCCCGGGGCAACGGGGGCGGGGAGCACGGAGCCCCCCCGGCAGGGCCCGCCGGUGGCUGCCCGGGGGAGCGGGAGGGGAGGAGCGGAGAGCGGCGGCCCCGGCACCGGCACCGGCACCGGGAGGCUCCGGAGCGGCGGCGGCGGCGGCUCCGGGACCCCGGUGGCUCCGGGACCCGGUGGCUCCGGGGGCAGCAGGCAAGUGGGUUUAGGAUGCGGCCAGGCAUGGGGGGGGGGAUCAUUUUUUCCCCCCUUUUCCCCCGGUUCCCCCCAGCCCACGCCACCGCCGGAGGGAUUUGCAGGGCUGGGGGGGAAUUUCCAAAAGGGAUUUUUAUGUAUUUUUAUUUUUUUGGGAAGGGGGGUGUGAAAUCUUCUAGUGGGGAAGGGGCCGGGAUUUGCACAGAACAAAGGGUUUGGUGUUGGGGGGGGAAUGGAAAAAUACUGGAGGCUGACAAAUGGGGGUGUCAGAGGGUUGGGGGUGUCGGGGCGCUGUGCCCGGAGCAUCCCAGUGGGGUGGGGGAUCUGUAGGGCACAAGGGGGCACCCAGCCCCAUGGAUGAGGGUGACGGGGUUUGGCCCCCCCCCAUAGGCUUGGGGGAUGUAGGAUUUGGGGUGCAGAGCGCCCAGAGUGUGGGCAUGGGGGUGCUGCACGGGGGCUCUGCAUGGGGUGGUUUUAGGGGCGCUCGUAAAGGAAAGCAGGAGGGGGGGCAGCGAGUGGCCAAGGGGGGCAGAUGGGCGACUCCUGGGGCUGGCGUCACUUGGUGCCGGUGGCAGAAAUGCGGGGUUUUGCUGGUAAUUUCUGCACCCCAAUGCCCUGACUGUGAACCGGGAACGGGGGCACCGUGGGGGGAGCGGGCUGCGCUGCGCAGGCACCGAGGGACUCGCAGGAGGGGGGGGACCUUCCCGGGAUCUUGGAUCGAGCCUGGCAAGAGGAGAUAUCAACCACGCUGCUGAACCAGCUGAGGUUUGUAGGGCCGCAGCCCCCUCCCCAGCCCCCCAACAGCCCUUCCUGCCGGAAUGGGGGUGGGAGCCCGCGGGGCUAACGGGGCUGGCCACCAGACUACGGGUCCCGGCGUGCUCCGCGGUGCCUCGUCCAGGCUCCAUCCCCGUCCUGAUCCCAGCAGCUGGCGGGCGGCGUGCUGUGGGGUUGGGGACGCAGCGGAGAGGCCACGUUUUGGCCGUGCCGUGAGGAGCAGCUUGGUGCAGGAGGCUGCGGGACGAGGUGGGAAUGCCGGCUGGGAGCGCGUGCCGUGCGCUUUGCCCCUCUGGCUCCCUGCGCCACGUGGCCCCAGCCCCAAGCAAAGGGAUCGGGGACCAUGGGCACUGCCCCAUUGAUCCUGUGCCUGCAGCAGCCGUCCUUUGGGUCCACUGUAGGGCUGGGCAGCGCUGCAUGCUCCUACAGACAUCCUCUCCUGCCCAAACAUCUGCUCCGCUGCCAUCCCCAAGGCUCUUCCCUCCCCUGGCACGCUGCCCCGGGACGCGGGGACACCAGCUCCUCUCCCACCCCCUGCUCUGCACGGCUCGCACGUGCCACCCAGAUGCUGCUCCUGCACUUGCCUCCAACCCUCUGAGCCCCUCGAGCUCUUUUUUUCCCCCCUUUUGCCCUAAAACUGCUGGCAACACCACCGGCAGGUGGCACCGGCCGGGUUGGGUGGCAUCAGCUCGCCCUUGGGUGGGGGGAGCGGCGGGGCAGGGCAGGAGAUGAGGGCGCCGGAUAAAGCCGGGCCUAUUUUUGUACUGCAAAGUAAUUACCGGAGCCUUCCAAGCCUUAAUCUGCCGAGAGCACCCCAGCGCGAUUGGAUCCCUCCCCGAGCCUGGCGACAAUUCUCCUGUCACACGUCUCCUGCGUCACCGCCCCGCCAACGCCCGCUGCUGGGCUCACACCGGGAUCCAUGUGCCGCCGAGCUGCCGGUCCAUCUGCCCCGCUGGCACCCCCGGGAACGGGGACGGGGACCCCAUUUGGGGCCCCGCUUUGGGGUUGGGAGCGGGGUUUUGCCUCGGGCAUCCCUGUCCCCGCAGCAGGAUUUGGGCUCCAGCCCCGUGAAACCACAUCCAUAUGGCACAUUCUCCCUUGGGGGGUCCGGGCCAAGUUGCCACCCGCGUGGUCCCCUCGCCAUCCCCGGCCACCUCAGCUUCUCGUGGGCACAUUUGGGGUCCCCGGGGCCCCUUUCCAGCCAUACAAGUGGCGGUGCUGCCUGGCUGGGCUGGCACCAUGCCCGGCCUCUCCCCGUGCUGUCACCGUGCCACGGGCUCACCGAAGAACCUGUUCCAUUGCUCACACCACGGAGGAGGAAAUUAGGGGUGGUGUUUGCGGCAGCACCUUUCAUCCCGCGGCUGUGGGACUGCUUUUCCCCCUGCCCGCACGCAGCCAGCUCUGGGGAGAGCUUUGGGGGGCAUUCGGGACCCCGUGGAGCUCGCAAAACCCUUGCUGAAUAUUUGGGAUCAGCCUUCUCUCCGCCCAGCCCCGCGCACGGCAGCCAACUCGUCGGCGUGCCAUGAGCAGCCCCCAAAAGGGAGCGGAGAAAGGACUUGGGGGUGUCCCCAGGUGCCCCCGGCUGCGUCCCUGCCCCUGUUUGGCAGGGAUUGUUUGGGUCGGGAAGCAUCUGCCGGCGCCGGAGCCGAUGGCCAUAAAAGGCCCUAAAACGGAGGGGCUGGGAGGGAUCAUCGGGGACGUGGGAAUGAGGGGCUGGAGAGCAGCCCUGCAGCGCCGAGCGGGUCGGGGCGCCGGCACACGGUGUCCCCGUGCCUUCCCCCGCUGCUCGAGGGGCACGUUUUGGGAUCAGCAUCGCCUCCCACAUGGGGUUGGGGGGGAUAAAGCUGCCCCUUCAUUCGGGCACCUGGGCGGCGGGGGCGAGGGGCGAGCAGCGGGUUCCCCCCCUCCCCAGCCCCAUGCCUGGCUCCAGACAAUGGCCACCCUUUAUUGGGAUUUUCCGCUCCCGGCCCCGGCCCCACCACCCAGCUGGUGACAUUUUACCACCUCCACAUCCACGUGGGGACUCAAAGGGCACAGACGCACUGGGAAACCACACGGAGCAGCCGUCCUCCCCUCCUGACCCCCCCAUGGAGAUGGGACCGGGAUGCCCGCACCGGGAACCUCUCUUUGGGGAUAUUUGGACCCUUUUUGGGUCGUUAUCCUCCUCCUUUUCCCUGCCUUCGUCCCCUGGCUCAGCGGGGCUUGGACAACCUCUGGAUGACGGGAGGCAGCGUGGGGACGUUUUCCAGGCUGGGGACACUUGGCCUUUUGGGGACGGACACCCCGACCCCAUAGGCACCCAGCUGUCGGAGCAGUGCCACCCCCAGCUCCUCGGGGACACGGGGUCCAUCUCUUGUCCCCCUCCUGCCACCUCCCUGACCUCCGAGGGGUUUCCCUCAGCAGCCCAAACGUUCGCCCCGUUGCCUCCACGGGGAUUUUGGGAACACAUCCCAUAAACAGGCGGCCGGAGAGCGUGAGUCACAGCGGGCGGGAGGGACGUGGAGGCGGGCGGGGGGCUGCGCCCUGCCCCUAUUGCCGUGCGAGUCACCCCAUGGGAGUGGGGAGACACACGGGGGGCUGAUUAUGGGGUGCAGAGCCCCACGGGGGUGUUUUAUAGGGCAGGGGGUGCUCGUUUUUGGGGGUGCACCUCAAAAGGGGGGGUCCCCACCCAUCACGGUGCCCCCCACGGGUCCUGUCCCCAGGGGCUGGGUGGGCCAGGCUGGGACCACCGGGUGCUGGGGGGGGGGGGGGGGGUUAAAUAGGGUGCAGAGCAUCCCCCCCUCCCCCGACCCCAAAACCCAUCCCCUCUGUGAUUGGCUGGCACGGGGCUGACGUCACUAAAAUAUGCAGAUUUAUGCGCAUUAACCCUUUCCUUGCCGGAGAAGGGGGAGGGUUUGGGGUCCCCCCUCAGAGGGGGGCGGUGAGGCUGGGGGGUCACCCCGGGACCCCCCCUCCAUGAGCUGUGUCCCCCCCCCUCAGCCCCGAGGGUUGCCAUGGGAACCGGAGGGUUUCUGAUGUCACCGGGAGGUUGCUACGAGACGGGCCCCGCGUGAUGUCACUGUCACCAUGGUGACAGCAAGGGGGGGAUUUGGGUCCCCCCCUGGGGAUAGGGCUGGGGAUGGAGGGGGGGGCGGCCACUCGCUGUCCCUGGGGGGCCGGGCACCUGUGGGACCUCUUCUGAGGGGACUGUGAACGCUUCUUAUUAAAAUAGUGGGAAAAAAAUCCCCAAAACAGCUUUUUUUCUUUUUUUUGGCACAGUCUGAGUUAUUAUUUUUAGAAGCGCCGAUGGCCCAGCCGCCCGUUCGUGCAAUUUCUGUGGGUCCCGGGGAAACGUGCGGCCCUAUGAUGGGGGGGGAAAUUGGGGGGGCACUCCCUGAUGUGGGGGUGGCUGGGGACAGAGGGGGACAAGGGACAAGCACUGGGGGGAUCUGGGCAGGGGGAUGGUGGCCCCUUGGUGCCAUGUGCCUGUCCCCACCGGUGGCACGGGGACAAUUUUGGGAAUGUUGGACCCCCCAGACUGCUGUGGAGCCCAGUAAGAGGAGCCUUGAGGUCCAAAACAGUGACGAUCCCACUCACCCAGCUGAACUAACUUUUGGAUGCAGAGCAAGCCUGGAAAAGCCCAGCCCUGAGGUUUAUCAGUGCCUGAAGAGCGCUGAGAAGGGAAAACCCAUCCCAUGACCUGGAGCAGAGCGUGGCACUUGCAUGGAGAAGGUCCAAGGAGAGCAUCCUGCCCUACGCCUGGCCACCAACCUCUGUGGCUGCUAGAGAAGGGCUUUGAAAGGGGCAGGCAGGGCAUGGGGAUGUGGCAGCACCACCACGAGCUGGGUGUGGAUGUUUUGGGGUCUCACUGAGGCCCCAAAUCUGGCUUUUAUGGGACAUCCCCCCCGUUAUCCCCAGCACCGGGGUCUGCACGUGGUGGAAGUGCUGGGAUGUGUUGGGAUGUGCUGGGACAUUUUGGGUGGUGGGGGGACCAACCAGUCAGUGGGACCCUCUCCGUGAUCCACACACCUCUCCCCACCUGCCCUCUUACCCCGUCCCUCCUUCCCAAAAUCCAGCAAAGCAGCAGGCGUGGGGCAAAACCACGGGGCCAUUAACACAGCAAUUAAAUCCCCGUGCCCCUGCCCCUCAGCCUGGCCACGUGCUGGAGCCUGAGCAUCUCCGUGCCCAUCUGCAAAGGGCAUCAGGGCACGCGUGGCCCCGCUGUGGGCUGCUCUCCCUCCAGCCUCUGCCUUUAUUUGCCGUGUCUCGAUGCUGCCGGUGGUUCUUUAUGGCUGGUGGGGCUGCUCUCGACUUGGAGAGUGAGUCAUUACGUGGCAAAUGGGAUCCAAUCACCGAGACGUUAUUUCCUUGCCCGGUGUUCUUUGCAAAUGAGAUUUUGCAGAACUUGAGUGUGUUGGUUUGUGUGUUUUCUAUUUUUUUUAUUUUUUCCCUUCCAGCCAAAAGCCUCUUCCCCGGUCCCAUUUAAACGGCUGCGAAUUGGGCACCGAGAGGCGAUGCGCAGGGGAGGGAAUGAAUAUUUACCACAGGGCCCGGCUGGGUAGAAGAGCUAAUAAAUGUCCCGGCAAUCAAUCCGGCAGCCCCAGCCGGCACCUUAAAUCAACUCGUGAAUGCAAAGUGGCUCCGAAGCCGGGGCUGGGGAGAGAGGCCGUCCCCACGCUGUGCCAUUUAUUUAUCUGCUUUUGAUGACUCACAGAGGAGGAGGUUUGAGGAGGAAUAAAUAGAGCCCAUAAACUGUCUCCACGAUGCUCGGGACCUGUGCUCCGUUUCGACGUGCCCCAGAGAAGGUCCUGCUGUAGCCGAGGUGCCCCCGAGCUCGUUCUGGCUUUGGGCAGGGGAUUUCCAGCUGCUGGGAUGCUCCGGGUGCCCCCAGCCCUUCCCCUACCCACGGCCGUGAGCAUCCCCGGGCAGCUCGGCCUGAUGGAGACCUGCGAGAGCCCGGCUCUCCUGCCAGGUGGAAAAGCACAUCGUCUGUGCCGGCCCUGAUUAGCAAAAUUAUGGUUGCCAUGGAGCCCCAAUUCCUGCUCCGAGGGCGCCCGCCUCCCCCGGCCCCCCAGCAGACCCGAGCGGAGGCCGGUUCCGCUGUCCCCGGGAAAGCUGGUUACUUUUAUCCCCGGGAACAUCCAAAUGGCCCUUUUCUUUAUUUCCCUUCUCCUUUUGGCCCAGUUUUAGAGGGGAAAAAAAAAGAAAUGCCCCCUCCCUGUGGUUUCUCAGAGGGACAAGGGGGUGGGAGGGGGCUGAGUGCUGACCCCACAGGGAUGCGUUUGGGUGCCCCGGGGGGAAUGAGGGCACCUUUUCUACACCCCUCGGCACAUAUGGAGGCAUCCAUGCCCUUUAAAGGGUCUUGGCAAAGUACAAUCAGCUCAGAAAAAUGGGCACAGCCACUGCCCACCCCCUGCAGCAGGUGUAGGGGCACGGGUAAAUGUGAACCCUGCAGCCAGGACCUUGCUCGGGGGCGAUGCCCUGCGCACGGGCUGCCCAUCCUCAUCCUCUCACUGCGGUGAGGGCGCACGGCUGGGGCUGGCACCCGCUGCAGGGCACCGCAGAGGGCACAAGUGACUGCCCGUGCCUCAGUUUCCCCUCUCAGACACUGUUACCACCCCUGGGGCUUGCUGCUUUUUCUCUGCUUGGGAGCAGAAGGCGUUAAUUAAAAGCGCAAAGCCCUGUGCAGGCAGGGGAAAGAGACACGGGGAGCUAAAAGGCAGCGCUGAUCUUCCCUGCAAUUACCAUGAGUGAUGCACCCUUGAAAGGAGCCGAGAGUGGAUGCAGGCGGUUAUUAGGGCUGCAGCUCUCCAGCUUCAAAGGCGCUGUUUGGCCUCUCCUUCGGCCUCUGAAUUCCCCUGAGGAUGCCGCGGGCAGCGUGAGCCUCGCUCAGCCUCUGGGCGCCAGCCUUUACCGGCACCUCGAGGACUCAGCGGUCACAGGGACAACCUCGGCUGCCCUUGGACAGCUCACGGAAAAGGCUGGGUGCGCACAGGGGGGGGAGACCACAGGGAGGAAGAUUUGGGGGGUGGGCAGCACGCAGGGGUUUCCCUGAAUUGCUGCUCGAUGCCCAAAUUCUCAGCGCAGCGGAGAUCAGGCUGCAGCGAGGAGUGGGUUUAGGUGCCAAGGAAAACCAGGCAAGGUUUUAAUAAAGUGCCUGAGAAGGGGAAGAGGCUGGCGGGUCGUGGCAAGGAGCAGAAAGAAGUGGGGAGUGACUGUGCAGCCGCUGGGAGCCAUGAACCCUUCCCAAAAAAUAGGUUUCCAGGAAUGCCUCCUCCCCGGUGCGCCCUCGCUGCGGCACAAUCUGCUCCUGCACCGGCACGGAUCCAUCCCUGCCUCGGGCAUCCCCAGGGGAAAAAAAAAAACAAGCAGCCUUGUGGCAGCAGCCGGGAACAGGGACAGAAACCUGUGCCCAUCAGCUGCUGCUGCUGGCAGCUCCCUGGCUCUGCCACCCACCCCGGCGUCUGCUGAGCCUCUGCCAGCAGCGCCCGGCUGCUGUCACCAGCACCGUGCGGUGGCACAGCCUGUCCCCGGCCCCACCGAGGACAUUUCUCUGCCCUCCCCACUCCCCUGGCUGCGGGCAGAGCCUCCUCUCUCCCUCUGCAGCCAGGAUUUCCAGCGGGGUGGAUUUUUCCUUGGUCGUGCCCGUUUGCCCUCCAGCCCUUUGGCUCCUGCGGCUCAGCCGAGGGAGACGGCUUGCCAGGGAAUGUCACAUCUCAGCGCUGGCCCCGUCCUGCCCUCUGCGUGUUUGCUCUGCCAGUUCCCCUCUGUUCGCAGCCUGUUUGCUGCCAGGAGCAGCACAGGGCCAGCGCAGGGCCACCGAGCCGUCCCCUGCUGCCUUUGCCCUUCCAGCCCUCUCCUGCUCCGAAAUUUCUCCGAGCAGAAGCGCCGUGCCCAGCCGCAGAGCCGCACCAGCGAGCGGUGCCACGGCAAUGGUGUCAUCGGUGUCCCCGCAGCCUUCCUCCCCUCCUCGUCAUCGUCACCCGGUGGGGACAGAGCUGGGCACGGCUCCACGGCACCCUCAAGGAUCUUUGUGUCCCAAAACUGGAGAGGAAAACUAUCCGGCUUCAUGGGGAGCUGUGGAGCCCCCCCAUCACCAGACCCCCUCCCCAUGUCCUCAUGAGGUCCUAAGGGGGGGACAAGGGGACAGGGGAGGCUCCAAAUUCUGCAGUAAGGAGAUGGAGGUGGGUGGGACGAGCUGGGGGCAUGGGGGGCACCGGGGAGAUGGGAAGUGGGCAUCCCAAAAGAGCCACUGGGAAGGAUCUGGGAGGUGAGAGUGGGUGCCCAGCUGCUCCUCGGGCUGGAAGUUGGGCUGAAACUGGGCUAAAAAAAAUAAAUAAAAUUAAAAAAAUAAUAAAAAUAUUAAAAAAUGAUGUGUUCCAGGAGAGAGAGGGGUUCUGCGGGGUGGGGGCAGAGAGGGGACAGGCAGCCUGGCACGGUGUGCGGGGACACGGGAAGGUGUGGGGUGUCUGUCUGUGUGUCUGUCUGCGUGUCUGUGUGUCUGCCUGCAGAGCUGGGCUGCUUCCUUGCAACGCAGGAGGGUGGGCAAGGGGGGAGUGAUCCGAACAAGCAGCACAGACAGACAGACAGACAGCAGGAGGGAGCAGCUCCCUCUACACCAGGUGGGAAAGGAGCCUCCUGCCCCGCAGCAGCUGCCAGGGGCUGAGCCGGAGGGCUCACCUCGGAUAGAAAGGAGCCCCCCCGAGUUCCCGCACCCCCAUCCCCAACCAACCCCAUCCAACUCGGUGCUGCCGUGGCCCCCGCAGCGCCGGCAGAGCAGCGGGGCCGAUCGAUGGCUCGCUCACCACGGAGGCCACGUAAAUGGCACAUCACCGCCUGGCGAAGGCUGCCGGUGGGGAUGGAGACGGCCGCGCUGCCCUCCCCCGGGACUCUCUCGAGUCAAUGGAGUUUAUUACUUUAACGUAUUUCCUCUCUCCUCCUGAAGAGCAUCUCCUCCGCCACCGUGCCGCUUCGCCACCGAGGAUCCAGCCCCCGGUCUCGGCACCGAGCUCGGCUCGCGCGGCGCUGGGGGAGGAAGCCCCCCAAAAGCUCCCCCGGGAGCCUCUCCGCUGACGGAGGAGGGAGGCAGCCGUGGGUAAGGGCAGCAGCUUGCUCCGAGGGGAGAGCAGAGGCAGGAUUUCUCCAGCCUGCCUCUUAAGGCAGCGACGUCUCCAUCCCCUCCCUCGCUCCCUUCCCCGCCCGACCGUCCGGCGUUAGGGGUGCCGGGACCUCGUCCUUCGGCUGGAGCUUCCCGGCGAGACCCAUGAAUCCCUACAUCAACUGCUCCGGCCCCGAGCUGCCCCUGCCCCAGCGCGACUUCCCCGCCGAGCCCCUCAGCCCAGCUCUCUGCAACAGGAGCCACCCGGGCGCCUUGUUCGACCCCAAGGACGCCAACCUGACGGAGGAGCAGCUGCGGGAUAAGUACCUGGGGCCCCGGCGGUCCAACUUCUUCGUCCCCGUCUGCGUCGUCUACCUGCUGAUCUUCGCCGUGGGGGCGGUGGGCAACACCCUGACCUGCAUCGUCAUCCUGCGGCACCGCUUCAUGAGGACGCCCACCAACUAUUACCUCUUCAGCCUGGCCGUCUCCGACCUGCUGGUGCUGCUGCUGGGGAUGCCGCUGGAGCUGUACGACAUGUGGAGCAAUUACCCCUUCCUGCUGGGCGCCGGCGGCUGCUACUUCAAGACGCUGCUCUUCGAGGCCGUCUGCUUCGCCUCCAUCCUCAACGUCACCGCCCUGAGCGUCGAGCGCUACAUCGCCGUGGUGCACCCGCUCAAGGCCAAGUACGUGGUGACCAGGAACCACGCCAAGAGGGUGAUCGUGGCCAUCUGGCUCGCCGCCGUCCUCUGCUCCAUCCCCAACACCAGCCUCCACGGUUUGAGGCCUCUCUACGUGCCGGGCCGGGGCCGCGUGCCCGACUCGGAGAUCUGCACCUUGGUGAAGCCGCGGUUGACUUACAACCUCAUCAUCCAGAUCACCACCAUCGUCUUCUUCUUCCUGCCCAUGGGGACCAUCAGCGUCCUCUACCUGCUCAUCGGCCUGCAGCUCAAGAAGGAGAAGAUGCUGGAGGCCCUGGGGGCCAAGUCCAGCGGCGACGGCGACUACCGCGGCGGCCGGGGGCAGAAGAAGGUGAAGAGGAGGCAGGUCACAAAGAUGCUGUUCGUGCUGGUGGUGGUGUUCGGGAUCUGCUGGGCCCCCUUCCACACCGACCGCCUGGUCUGGAGCUUCGUCUCCACCUGGACCGGCCGCAUGCUCCACAUGUUCCAGUACGUCCACAUCAUUUCGGGCGUCUUCUUCUACCUGAGCUCGGCCGCCAACCCCAUCCUCUACAACCUGAUGUCCACCCGCUUCCGCGAGAUGUUCAAGGAGGUGAUGUGCCACCCGGGACACCGCCCGCCGGGCUCGCGCAAAUACUCGCCCAGCGUCACCCACGGCACCACCCGCAGCACCGAGUGCGAGCCCGUGCCCGGAGCCAACGGGCUGCCCCUGUCCGACGGCGAGGAGUACGAGAUGGAGGAGAUGGAAGGGGGGCAGGCGGCCACGCAGGCGACGUCCCUCUGCUGAGGAGCUGGGGGAGGCGGGGGGCACGGGGACAGCUCCACCAGCAUCCCCCCUGCACCCUGGCAGGCCACCUGGGCGAUGGAGAGGAGAGCCCACCUUUUGGGUUUGUUCCAUGCUCUCCUCAGGAUGGUUUUCUUGGCAGCUCCGGGGUGGUGGUGGCUGUCCCUCGCCGUGCCGUGCGCCCUCUCCUGUAGCCAAGGCCAGGGCACCCCCAGGGCCACGCCAGCGAUCCCCCCAAAAUUUCCCAUCCCGGAGUUAAAAUUCCCUUGAUUUGUGCCCCGAUUGCAUCCCCCGGGUCCCAGCUCUGCUCCCAGCACCCGGCCCUCUUCCCACAGGGGGUCGCGCACCGCUCCUGCUCGCCGCGCCGCACGGGGCCGCGGGCAGCCCGCUGCCUGCAGGGCGGUGGUGAUCGAUCCGUCCCCAGCCACACGGCUGGGGAAAUGUCACAAAAUGCCACCGAGGGCGGGCGGGCUGGCCACGUUCCCCCAGGCUGGAGGGGCUGAUCGAUCUGCUGCCUGGGAUCGAUGCCGACGGCUUCCAGGCGCUCACCAAGUCCUCCCGUGGGAUGAGAUAGCCGGGCUCCGAAACAGGCUGGGAUGUUUCCCAUAGGACUUUUCCAGUCCCAUUUGCUCUCUGGCCAGGAUUUGGGCUCGCAGGCUCCUUCCUUCACCGCAUCAGCCCAGCCUCAGCCUGGAGGCAGCGCAGCCAGGUCCCCUCCAAGCUCCCCAUCCCCACUGGAUCCCUUUGGGGUCCUGUUGUGCGCUGUAGGGUGAGGACGCGCGCAGGGCUGCAGCCACCUUUACAUUUCAGGGCCAUCCCAGCUGCUCUCCAGAGGACGUCGACGUGGCAAAGCGCAUCGAUCCCCUCCUGGUUUCUCCCUCCUCCGUCUCCCAUUGCUCCCGGUCCCAGGGUGGAGGUGACAGAUGCCUCCUUGAUGGCUGUUAAUGCCCCGUGCAGGCACCUCCCCGCCUGGAAACCUCCAGGGAAUGGCUUUUUAAUGGGCAGUCGAUAGCGUUUUAUUGCGCAGCCUGCGCAGAGCUUCGGGUCCCUCAUGCCCUGGGUCAGUGCACCGGGCUCUCGGUCACGUCCCCAGCUGUCCCCUGACGCAGCCACGCUCCCGAUGUCCCCUCUGCCCCUCCUUGGCCACCCCGAAUUUGUUCUUUAAAUGCAGGAGGUGAAGUUGCUGGUGAGAUCCCAGCGUGGUGGUGCCUGCCCGGUGGGGCUGCUGGGGGGUGCUUUGUUUUUUGGAGCACCUCGGGAAGCAUCCUUGCGAAGCCACGGCUGUGGCAUCUCCUGGGUGGAGAUCUGAGGGCAAACCUUGCCCCUCCGGCUGUUUUGGGACAACACAAGGGGACAACCCCGAGCCCCCGUGCAUCACUUGUGGCCCCGUGGCACCUUCCCAGCCGCGUGCCGGGGGCUCAGCCAAGCGCUUACGCCUGGCUCAAAAAUAAGUGGCUGGUGACUGAGCGCUUCUGCCUCAUUUCCCAAAAGUACACUUAGAAAAAGGACUCCUUGUCCCGCCGAGGGGAGAGCGGCUUGCAGGAGAGGAGCGGAGCUGCUCCCUGGCUGCAAAUCCCCCGGGAUAAAUCAGAGGAUUACUCCUGCCAGGGGAUGUGUACAGGCGGUGAGUUGAAGCCCGGGGUGUUGGUGAGCUGCUGAUGUUCAGGCAGGGCUCGGCGCUGCCGCCGGGGCCAAACGAUGGGGCUGGGGGUUUGGGGGCUGUGCAGGGACCCCCCCACAGCUCCCACAUGUGUGGUCGGUCGGGGCUCAGCCAGCCUUUGGGGCAGGAUGGCCGUGGUGGAUGGAGGGUCCCCAAAAUGUCACCUGGAGAUGUCACCAGAUGAUAUUUCAGGACAUCACGGAGCCUGGGUGGGAUGGAGCAGAGGGACACGGUGGGGACAGGGGCUGGGAAAGCGAGUGGCUGUUGGUGGAUGGGUUUGUUCCAGGUCUUCGCUCUGCAUUGGGGAACUCAUCCCUGUCCCUACAAGUCAGGGAACUCAUCCCUGUCCUGCAAUUCGGGGCAUGUGUCCAGCUCGGGCUCCGCACCGCCCCUCUCCAACAGCUUCGUUUCCAAAGAGCCGCUUCCCAAAAGUUGUCAUCCGUCCUCUGAGAUUUACAGCAGCCCCCUUCCAGCAGCCGGGUCCCGCUGAAGCACCCGCCGGCCCCAAACCCUUUCCAGGCAGGCGCUUGCGCAGCGGCACAGCAAAUCCGGGCCACGCAGCAUCCCCAGCGGCGCUUCCAAUAACAAGAUUUAUCACCUUUACUUGGGGAUUAAAAAGCAAUCAAUCCGGGAGGCUGCCCCAGCCUUGUAAGGCUUUUUUUUUUUUUUUUUUUUUUUUUUUGUGCCGUGGUGGUUUGCAACAGGCACGUUCCAUUUUUUUUUUUUCUUUUUUUCUUUUUCCUCGGUGGAGCCAAAGCCGGUUUUACAGCGAUCGUCUCGCGUGUUUGGAGCCGUGAUGGAUGGCGCUGGGAGCGCCAGCAGAAUCUUCGCCGCCCCUCCCUCAAAAGCCAAGGGAAGGGUUGUUUUUCCCUUCCUUCGCAGAGCUCGA